AUGGGUCACGCCAUGGACGAUGCCGAUAAUUGGUUUGAAGGUGACGAGUCUCGUUCAUCAUCCUCUAGUGCGUCAAGCAUUGACUGGGAUAAAACUGCGCGUUUGAUUUGCGCCGUGUUGCUCCCACCUCUUGGUGUGUUUUUGCAAACAGGCUGCAAUAAAGAUCUUGCUAUUAACGGAUUGCUUACGCUUUUCGGCUAUAUUCCUGGGAUUAUUCACGCAGUGUAUGUGAUCUGCGUCAAUUAG